AUGGAUGAAGAAAAGUUUGCCAGUAAAGUGCUGAUACAAUACGGUCCAAUAUCUCGAAAGGCAAAAUUUGCGUGCAUUUUGGUGGUCCUAAUUUACUGGCAUGUCUUCUUUGGUUACAUGUCACACCAGCCAGUGAGCAAAGUGGGCAAGCAGACUGGACAUGAUGUAGACUUUCUGCUUACCGUUCCAGGAUCAAGGCAGGAAGAGGAAUUGUUACACACCGUGAUUGAUAUCUGGAAGAAACAGGAAUUGCUCUUAUAUUGUGAUCUGAUUGAGUCAACGUUUGAAAAUACAAAGUUGCCAAGCAGAAACGUCGACGCUUUAGAUCAUUUCCAGAAGUGCUUUGCAAUUUUAAAAGUCCACAAGGAAAGCGUGAACAGAGGAAGCACCAUCCAAUCAAAGCUUUUUGCUGACGAAGGAGCGAGAGACUGGAAAGCGAUUCGUGUGGAUCUGGUUGUUACUCCUUUUCAACAUUAUGCUUUUGCUCUCUUAGGAUGGACGGGAUCUAGGCAAUUUGAACGUGAUCUGCGGAGAUAUGCCAGCCAUGAGAAGAAAAUGAUGUUGGAUAAUCAUGCCUUAUACGAUAAAACCAAGAGAAUUUUUCUGAGUGCUGAAAAUGAGGAAGAAAUAUUUUCACACCUUGGCUUGGAGUACCUUGAACCCUGGGAAAGAAAUGCCUAA